AUCAACAAUAUGGCAACCCCAAUUCUAUUAUGUUUCUUCAUCUUCUUCUCCGUGACUCUCUCUUCAUCAUCAACUCACCACAAAAACUUCACCAUCGAGCUGAUCCACCGUGACUCUCCCCUUUCCCCACUCUACAACCCACUAAAUACUGUCACUGACCGCCUCAAUGCUGCUUUCCUCCGCUCUGUCUCUCGUUCCCGCCGCUUCAACCAUCAGCUAUCUAAAACCGAUCUCCAAUCUGGUUUAAUCGGAGCAGACGGUGAGUUCUUCAUGAGUAUCACCAUUGGUACUCCACCAAUUAAGGUACUCGGGAUCGCUGACACAGGAAGUGACCUUACAUGGAUCCAAUGCAAGCCUUGUCAACAAUGUUACAAAGAAAACGGUCAAAUGUUCGACAAGAAGAAAUCCUCUACGUACAAAAACGAGCGUUGUGACUCACGUAACUGUCACGCCUUGGCGACUAGUGAACGUGGGUGCGACGAAUCCAACAAUGUUUGCAAGUACCGUUACUCAUACGGAGAUCAGUCAUUCAGCAAAGGAGACGUUGCUACAGAAACCAUCUCUAUUGACUCUGCUUCAGGGUCCCCUGUUUCUUUCCCCGGUACCGUUUUCGGUUGCGGUUACAAUAACGGCGGUACCUUCGACGAGACUGGUUCUGGAAUCAUCGGUCUAGGUGGCGGUCAGUUGUCACUUAUCUCCCAGCUAAGCUCGUCUAUUUCAAAGAAAUUCUCUUAUUGCUUAUCACACAAGUCAUCUACCACGAAUGGUACAAGCGUCAUAAACCUAGGCACCGACUCGAUUCCUUCAAGUCUAAGCAAAGACGCCGGCGUGGUAUCAACUCCGUUGGUCGAUAAAGAGCCUCUUACUUAUUACUACUUGACGCUCGAAGCCAUCUCCGUCGGGAAGAAAAAGAUUCCGUACACCGGAAGCACGUAUAACCCAAACGACGACGGCGGAAUAUUCUCGGAGACGUCGGGAAACAUCAUCAUCGACUCUGGAACGACGCUGACACUCCUNCCUUAUUGA